GGGUUCUGGCGCUAAAAAGAGGGCGGAGCCGGAGAGUGGCCAUACGAACACUAAGCUCGUUGUAGCUCUCUCCUCUCUCUUUCUCGCUCUCCCUCUUCCUCUGUGCAGCCAUGGAGUUGUUCUACUACAUGGUGUUUGGGUGCCUAUCGCUGGUGGUGGCGGCCCUCGAGUUCAGCAAGACCAGCAAGGACAGAAUAUCUACCACUUCUGCCUUCAAUUCCUUCAAGAACAAUUACCUCGUCGUCUACUCUCUUAUGAUGGCUGGAGAUUGGCUGCAGGGUCCAUACGUCUAUUUCCUCUAUAGCCAGUAUGGUUUUGAUAAGGGAGAUAUUGGUCGACUGUUUAUUGCUGGUUUUGGAUCUUCUAUGUUGUUUGGUACCAUCGUUGGAUCCUUGGCUGACAAACAAGGUCGGAAAAGAGCUUGCAUAACCUACUGCAUCACGUACAUCCUUAGUUGUAUAACAAAGCAUUCUCCCCAAUACAAGGUCUUGAUGGUGGGUCGUAUAUUAGGAGGAAUUGCUACUUCUCUUUUGUUCUCAGCAUUUGAAUCUUGGCUAGUUGCUGAGCAUUUUAAGAGAGGGUUUGAUCCACAAUGGCUUUCACUUACAUUCUCCAAGGCAAUCUUUCUUGGGAAUGGUCUGAUUGCUAUAGUCUCCGGCUUGUUUGCAAAUUUGAUCACUGAUACUUUAGGCUUCGGUCCUGUUGCUCCCUUUGAUGCGGCUGCGUGUUUCCUUGCAAUUGGAAUGGCCAUUAUCUUAUCUUCUUGGACUGAAAAUUAUGGAGAUCCUUCAGAAAACAAGGACUUGCUUACACAAUUCAAAGGAGCUGCAGUGGCCAUUGCUUCUGAUGAGAAAAUUGCACUGCUGGGCGCCAUACAAUCCUUAUUUGAGGGUUCCAUGUACACCUUUGUGUUCCUCUGGACGCCUGCUCUGAGUCCAAAUGAAGAAGAAAUUCCCCACGGUUUCAUUUUUGCUACAUUCAUGUUGUCUUCAAUGUUGGGAAGCUCUAUCGCCUCCAGGCUAAUGGCUCGUGCAUCCUUGAAGGUGGAAAGUUAUAUGCAGAUUGUUUUUCUCAUAUCCGCUGCUACCUUCCUGCUUCCAAUUCUCAGCACGUUCCUGAUAGCGCCUUCAAAGGUGAAAGGUGGAAGCAUCUCAUACAGUGGUUGUCUUCAGCUCUUUGGAUUCUGCAUAUUUGAGUCGUGUGUCGGCAUAUUUUGGCCAUCUAUCAUGAAGAUGAGAUCCCAGUUCAUUCCCGAGGAGGCUAGAAGCACAAUCAUGAACUUUUUCCGCAUCCCUCUCAACAUUUUCGUGUGCAUUGUCCUUUACAAUGUCAAUGCAUUCCCCAUCACUGUCAUGUUUGGAAUGUGUGCAAUUUUCCUCUUCAUGGCAUCAGUACUUCAGAGGCGACUCAUGGUUGUUGCAGAUAUUCACAGGCAAAAACCACAAGACAAUUGGGGAUCGUUGAAGGAAAGGGACCCAGAAGCAGAGCCUCUAAAUAUGUAAGAUUGCAGUUUGAUCAGGUUGGAUGUCAGAGAUGUGGCUGUAAUCUUGAAACUGGCGGAUCAGUCACAUUUAUUUGCCCUUUGUCGCACGGGUAUUCUAAAUAAGGCAGAAGAAUGGGUGCUAAUACGAAACCACCUAACGCACACCGGGAUACGGAGUGUUAACGGCAAAAGUGAAGACUUGUGUCACGCAGUAAGAGAGGCUCUUCAAGUGAAAAAUUGAAUUAGAUUAGAAUGACAGUGUAUGGGUGAAUUGGUUACUGUGGAGAGUACUCGUCUCUUAUAUAGCAUUUGUUAUUUAGUAAUUCUGGGGAAUCUUUUUCAGUUUGCUAUGGUACAUCAGAUUUGUUUGUUUUCACCUAUGUUCUUUGUCCUUCCCAAAUACCGCAAGACGGUUUUUUGUAAUAUCAGAAAAUGGACAGGUAGCAGAUAAAUAAUAUGUCAUUCUGUGCUUUGAACUAUAAAACACAGCAGCAGUUCAAAAUGCAGGAUUGGGUUUCCUCUUCA